GGAUUGUCCAAAUUUUAUCUCGCUAGCCUCAUCCCACUUUUUUGCGCUGGUGAUUAAUUCACACAGAAGUGUAGUUGCGAUUUCACCUCUGCUGUCCGCACCCGCCCUCGCCAUACCUGCGCACCUGUAACCCACAUCUGGUUCUGGGAGGGUAAGCUGAUCGCAUCAGCGGCAGUCGGACUUUGCCCCAGCGGAAGUGGUUGAACCAUUCUACCUGAAGCAGCUGAUCGAGGAUGGCUUUGUGUCUGGCACGGUCGCUCCGUCUCAUCCCCACAUUUUCCACCGUCCUCCGGGCUUCCACUCCGGGAAUACGCAUUGUAAAAAUGGCAUCUUCGGAUGCCGGGAAACGGGCAGCAGAUGGGGAUUUCCGUCUGGAACGGGACACGUUUGGGGAAUUGAAGGUGCCAUCAGAAAAAUAUUAUGGAGCGAAUACCGCGCGGUCCAUGAUGAAUUUCGAUAUUGGUGGCGUCCCGGAGAGGAUGCCUCUUCCGGUUAUUUAUGCCAUGGCUCUGCUAAAGAAAGCCUCUGCGGAAGUCAAUCAGAAAUUCGGGCUGGACGCGAAGCUGGCCAAAGCGAUCAUGAGCGCUGCUGAUGAGGUGAUUGAGGGGAAAUUGGAUGAGCAUUUCCCGCUGGUGGUGUGGCAGACGGGAUCCGGCACGCAGACCAACAUGAACGUUAACGAAGUGAUCAGCAACCGGGCCAUCGAAAUGCUGGGCGGCAAGCUGGGCAGUAAAACGCCCGUGCAUCCAAAUGAUCACGUCAAUAAGAGUCAGAGUUCAAACGACACGUUUCCAACGGCGAUGCACAUCGCCGUCGCCAUCGAAAUUAGCCAACGUCUUCUGCCGGCGCUGCACGAGCUCUAUGAUGCUCUAAACCAGAAAGCCCAGGAAUUCGACUGCAUCAUUAAAAUUGGCCGAACCCACACUCAGGAUGCUACCCCGUUGACAUUGGGCCAGGAAUUUAGUGGUUACGCCACGCAAGUAAAGAAUGCCAUUACGCGAGUGGAGAGUGCGCUGCCGUUUGUGUAUGAGCUCGCGGCCGGCGGCACCGCGGUCGGCACUGGCCUCAAUGCGCCCAUCGGGUUCGCUGAAGGAGUGGCUGCAACAAUUGCCAAAUACACCAAGCUGCCGUUCGUAACGGCACCGAACAAAUUUGAAGCCCUGGCCGCGCACGAUGCCUUGUCUUACUGCUCAGGCGCCCUGAACACGGUGGCCGUCAGUUUCAUGAAGAUCGCCAACGAUAUCCGUUUCCUCGGAUCCGGACCGCGCUGCGGCUUCGGCGAGCUGUCCCUGCCGGAGAAUGAGCCGGGCAGCAGUAUUAUGCCGGGAAAGGUCAAUCCCACGCAGUGCGAAGCGAUGACCAUGGUGGCUGCCCAAGUUAUGGGCAACAACGUGGGCGUCAGCAUCGGAGGUAGUAAUGGGCACUUUGAGUUGAAUGUAUUCAAGCCGAUGAUCGUGCGCAACGUGCUCCAGUCGGUGCGGCUGCUGGCGGAUGCGUCUCGCUCCUUCACCAAGAACUGCGUGGUGGGCAUCCAGCCCAACACGGAGCGCAUAGCCAAGCUGAUGAAUGAGUCGCUGAUGCUGGUGACGGCUCUCAACAACCACAUCGGCUAUGAUAAAGCCGCCAAGAUCGCCAAGACUGCGCACAAGGAGAACAGCACGCUGAAGGAGACGGCCAUUAAACUGGGCUAUGUGACGGCUGAGCAGUUUGAGCAGUGGGUCAGACCGGAAGACAUGAUACGGCCCAAAUGAACCACAGAUCGUGUUCCUGAAUAAUUGUUAAAUUUUAUUGGAUUGGGUGAUCGUGUAACAGGUGGUGGUGGUGUUGAUAUUUUGAACUCGUGGGCCUAACUUUUUGUUUAGUUGAUGUGGAGAGUUGAGAGAUGGACUCAGGUGGUUGUUAAACCGUAGUCAAAAUCUAAAUCAGGUUAACCAGCCAAAUAAACGAACAGCUAUGA